AUGAAAGCAGAUCAAACCAAGAAGACCCAGGGAAAUCCAAGAGGCAAAGGCACAUACAAUACCGCUUGUGACGUCUGCGCCCGCAAGAAAACCAAGUGUGAUGGCAACAAACCCGUCUGCCAGCCAUGUCGUCUUCAAGGGCGCGUAUCCGAGUGCGCAUGGACGAAGAACCCUGUGAGGAAGCCGCGCACCGAACAGCACUUCGAGGCCAUGUACAAGCGUACCGAGAACCUCCGCAAGCUUGUCCUCGAAUACCGUAGAUAUACCGACUACCUAGAGUCGCUCAUGGAUCAAUGCCAUGGCGAUCAACACCCCCAUCGCAGCACCGACUUCCGCUCUUCCCGUCCAGUCGACAUCGAUAACGUCGUAGGCUCCGAGCCCGACUCCCUGGACGAUGAUUUCGACAUCCCAAUAGGCAACGAGAACGAUGGGCAUUCCGAGUUUACGAAUGACCCGACGAAGGAGAUCUGUUUGCCCACUCAGAGCUUGAAGAUCGAGGAAGGAGGCCAGGUUAUCCACCAUUAUGGCAACCCCUCCCCUUUCCGAUUCAACCCGAGCGAGCGAACAACACUACCCUCUCGAUUCCCUGCCCUCGCCGAGAAUCCCGACGCGACCUAUGUGCUUCUCGUCGAUGGCGCCAGCGACGCCCAUUACAAUCCCGACUUCGACUGGUCGCGGCACCUUCCAUCCGCCGUUCCACUCGACCGCCAGUCGCACGACAGGGCGCUGGACUUGUUAUUCAAGUUCUUCACCUCGUGGUGCCACCGUAUUGUCCCACAGCUCUUCCUGAGGGACAUGUACCGCGCGCUCAGUGCUCCUCGUGGAGAGCCCUCCCCCAAGACGCCUCACUACAGCCCAAUGCUCCACAACGCUCUCGUCGCCCUCGCCCUCGCCUUCCUCGACGAGCCCCAUUUCAGAGACCUCAAGGCCCGCCAGUACUUUGCGAACACCGCCAAGAGCUUCAUUGAGGCCGAGUGUCAGAAGCCCAACUUGAGUGUGGUCCAUGCCCUCUCAAUCCUCGCCAGCUUCCACAGCUCCCAGGGAGAUCAAACCCUGGGGUACAUGUACUUCGGUAUGAGUGCACGUAUGAGCCAGGCUUUGGGUUUAAACGUUGACUGCGCGGACUGGGUGAAACUUGGGCUGAUCGAAGAGCCUGACCGGCUCGAUCGUAACUGGACCAGUUGGACGACCUUCACCCAGGACGUAUGUUGGUCUCUCUACGUUGGACGCGACUUCUGUGUAAUGGCCCCCGACUCCGACCUCGCUAUGCCCAUUGUCGAUCCCGUCUAUGACGAGAUGCCCUGGGUUCAUCCUCCAUCUGGCAUCCCUCCACAACCCAAUUAUCUUACAAAGAACUUCGAAGCGACAUGCGAGCUACUACUGAUCGCACGGCGUAUCAUGGACGUCGUCAAUGGUUUGCAUAAAGCUCGCAGUCGGCCCUUUGUUAUCGACGAGUUGAUAAGUGAUAUCGACUUGAAACUCAACACUUGGAGAGGAGCUCUUGCCCCAGAGCUUGAGAUAACAGUCAAAUCUCGGCCGACUGCCACUCCACACAAGUUGAUGCUCCAUCUGGCGUACUGGUGGCUAUUCAUUCUUCUCCACCGCCCUUUCUUCCAUCGGAAGAGCCGGCCGAUUUACAGCACUGACAGAGAAAUCGAUCAUGUGAAGCUCUGUCGUCGCGCGGCGGAGAACAUAAUGGAGCUCCUGACAACAUGGCGCCAUUUGUACACCCUUCGGUACUGUCCCAUCACCCUCAUCCAAACUGUGUUUUCCGCCGGCACGGUCUAUGUCCUCUCGGCGAUGCACGCCACCACGGGUGUCCGCGUCGCUCAGAAGGAGCUGCAGCACUCCAUGAACCAGCAGAAUGUUGUCAUGCAGUACCUGCAGGAGAUCGGCAAGUCAUGGCAAUGUGCGACCAAUAUUGCGGGUAUCCUGAAGAGCCUCAUGCACGAGCAGCUCAAACCCAUGCUCGAACGGACGAAGGCGAUUCAAGGUGGCCUCCAAGUGCCCGACAUGGAUGGCAAUGAUGAGGACAACGAAGAGCCCCGCGCUUCGCUUUCUCGCUCGUCAUCGCUUACCAAGGCCAUGAACCGCAACCGUUCUACGUUCCCCAAGGUCAACAAGCAACGCCGUCUCUCGUCUCACUCUCGGUCCCAAUCUCUGUCCAACGCACCUUCCAUCGUCUCCGGCACCCAGGUUUCUACGUCUCCGACUAUUACUAUUUCUCCAGUCCAGGAACGUAACGAUUCGUCUGCUCAUCUCCGUGCCACGUCUUCCUCGAUUCUUCCUAUCCCCUCGUCACCGUCCUUCCAUGCGGGUUCUUCCUCAGCUCUUCCUAUUCCUUCCUCUCCGUCGUCCUUGCGUGCGCUCUCUUCUUCGCCUUCCUCUACUGCUCCGAUCGCGAUCCAGAUGCCCCACAAGCCUCCUUCCAACGCCUCCUUUUCAUCCAGCCCUUCCAGUUUGGGUGUGGCGUCCAGCUUCUUGGCAGGAAGUCCCAGCCCAAGUUCAUCGCCUGUAUUCUCUCCUCCUAAUUAUCCUCCGCCUUCUCCUUCCGCCUCUUCUACGGCGUCCUUUGUACACCGCGGUUUCACAGGUUAUCCCCAGCCCUUCCAGCAUCCUGCCUCGUCAUCCCCUAUGGACGAUUCAACAUCCAUGCUUCCAAUUUUCUCUGGUAACGGCCACAGACACACUGGUUCAGGACAUCUGUUUGAAGGCCAAGGUCAACUUCUCGGCCAUGGUCUCAACCCCAGUCAAGGUUCAACAUCGCCUAGCAGUCCCUCAUUCUUAACCCUCACUCGAUCUUCCGAUCUCGCCGCAAUGAAAGCCUCGUCCGGGCCGCUUUCACCCAGCAAGGAGCUUGCCGGGUUCAUGGGUAUGCUGGGCGGGCAGACCCUCCCCCAAGCCCCCUUCUUCGGUCCAUUCAGCCUCGGAGACAGCGUUGCACCCAUGACGGCCACGCCAUUCGACAACUACUUGUCCGGCCCUGCUGGCUCGGACUUGUUUACGGGCGAAUUCUUCGGGAAUGGGUACAUUUCAGCGGUUGACGGCGGGGUGGCGAUGGUGGAUAAUAUGGACAUGUCCACGGAUGACAGCACCCUCUCCUCAUGGGAUCAGUAUCUCAACUCGCAGGAGCUGAUAUCCUAA